CGUUUUUAAAUUACAUCCAAAGGUUUCGUCUUUGGGAUUUCUAGGGUUUCGUUUCCGCUUGCCAUUCCUUUUCAAUGGAGAUCGGAACCUCUUAGGGUUUCCGGCUCUCGAUUCUUCGAGAUCCGCCGGAGAUCAUGGCGGAUUUUCGUCACAAGCUUGGCGGCGGUGGCGGUGAUGACGUAGGGCUUGAAUUCAGGCGGGGGUUGGAAGAGCUUGUCCGUGGUCACCUUGAUGGUUGCAUGUCGGCGCUUGCUUCUUGUAGCUCUGCUGGGACGGAUGAGGAUGAGGAGCUCUCGUCGCCGGGGACGUCUGGGGUUGAGGCGCAAGACCCUUUGGCGAGGCGGCGACGGCGGUCGGAUUUGGAAGGGGAUGAUCUGGCGGAGUCGUCGGCUGCGGCGCGGCGGCAGUCGAGGAUCCUGAGCCGGUGGGUUGCGCGGCAGGCUGAGGAGAUGAUGAUUACUACUAUAGAGCGUCGGAAUCGGGAGAAUGAGCUUAUGGCUCUUGCUGGUCUUCAGACUGUCUCCAUGCUUGAUUCUUCGUUUCUCCGUGAGCCUCGUCGGUCCACGCCUUCCUCGGGGGAGCGCCGUGCAGCGCGGCCGCCAUCGAUCCUACAGAUGUGGAGGGACCUCGAGGACAGGAGAAGUGUUCAUUCCGCUGCUAGCAACCAUAACCAGCGGGAGAGAAGGACGGAGGAUCCUAGGGAUGGGUCUAAUGCGAGUGAGAGUGAUGAUAUUGGGUACUCCAGGUGGGGUGCUCGGGGAGAGGAGGAGGACGAGGAGGACCGGCGAUCAAGCAGGGAGCAGUCUCCGGAUCUCGGAGAUGGGGAAAGAGAGAGGGUGCGGCAGAUCGUCCGUGGGUGGAUGACGGAGAGCGUGCUUGAGAACUCGGGGAACGCAGGGUCGAGGAUGUCUUCGAGGGAUGAGAGCCCAAGAGGAGAGUUGCUUGGGGAGACAGAGCGAGAGAGGGUGAGACUGGUGAGGGAAUGGAUAAGGGCCGCAGCAGGACAAGAGAGAGAUGCUGCUCGUGCGGGUAGGAGGGAGGAUCAAGACCGGGAUGGCUCAGUCACUGAUCAUGAGGAGGGGCAGCCGGAGCAUGUGCGGAGGGACUUGUUGAGAGUUCGUGGCCGACAAGCUAGGCUUGAGCUGAUAAUGAGGAUGACUAGGGAGAGGCAGCAGGAACUUCAGCGCUUGCAAGAACACAGGACAGUGUCAGAGUUUGCUCAUCGCAAUCGCAUUCAGUCCCUGCUGAGGGGCAGAUUUUUAAGGAAUGGAAGGCCCACCGAGGAGGAGAGACAGCCAUCUGCAGCAGCGAGGGAAUUAGGUCAACUCCGGCAACGCCAUCCUGUCUCAGGGUUAAGGGAGGGUUUCCGUUUCAGACUGGAAAAUAUUGUCCGUGGUCAAGCAAGCAGCUAUUCUGAUGCCUCAGCUAGUCAUAGCAUCACAAAUUCGCGUGCUAAUAAUGAUCAGUCUCAUUCAAGUAUUUCAUUAGAUCAAUCUGGUGAAAACAAUGAACAAUCUCAAGCUCAUAAUGAAAAUGCUGAGCCUCCACAAAUUAUGGAGACUGAUGCAGAAGCUGUGCUUGAAAGUAACACACUGGAUAAUACUGUGAACUGGCAAGAUUCGGUGUCUCAGAGUGAGAAUCAGCAGGAAGAAGAAGAUGCAGAUGAUGAGCACCAAGCUUGGCAACAAUCAGAAAUAGGGUUCAGUGAACCACCUCGUGAUGAGACUGGAGUUGAAUCUGAUGGGAACUGGCCAGAGAAUAUGGAUCAGGAUUGGUCCCGUGAACCAGACGAUGAAGAUGGAAAUGGCAGCCAUAUGUUAGAAGUGCAUGAAGAAUGGCAUGAGGAUGAGUCUCAUGGGACUGCAGAAACUUGGCAAGAUGGACCUUCAGAUCCGGCUAGAGGUCAACGGUCUAUCCCGAGAAGAGUCAAUAGAUUUAUUCCACCUGAUGAUGAGAAUGUCUAUAGCAUGGAGCUCAGAGAGCUCCUUAGCAGGAGAAGUGUUUCUAAUCUGCUUCGAAGUGGUUUCCGUCAAAGUUUAGACCAGUUGAUACAGUCAUAUGUUCAAAGGCAAGGUCGUGCUCCCCUUGAUUGGGAUCUGGAUGGAACAUUGCCUACUCCCACUUCACCAGAUGAAGAUCGGGACCAGCAGAGAGAUGAUACAAAUCAGGAUCAGCAGGACUCUCUUCCUACUCCGGCAUUUGUCUUGCCCACUCCACCUGCACCACCUCGACCGCCACUAUGGCAUUCUGACAUUCAUCAUAAUACUUGGACUCGGCAUGGCAUGCCGCGUUCAGAAAUUGAGUGGGAUAUAGUGAAUGAUUUGAGGGCUGACAUGGCGAGGCUGCAGCAAGGGAUGAGCCACAUGCAGAGAAUGCUAGAGGCAUGUAUGGAUAUGCAGCUAGAAUUGCAGCGUUCUGUUAGACAGGAAGUUUCUGCAGCUUUAAAUCGCUCUGAUGGAGGACAAGGAUUUUGUGAAGCAUCAGAGGAUGGAUCCAAAUGGGCCCAAGUUCGAAAAGGGACUUGUUGUGUCUGCUGUGACAGCCAUAUUGACUCCCUUCUGUAUAGAUGUGGGCACAUGUGUACAUGUUCAAGAUGUGCUAAUGAGUUGGUUCGAGGCGGAGGUAAGUGCCCGUUGUGCCGUGCACCCAUUGUCGAAGUCAUACGAGCCUACUCGAUACUGCUUUUGACCUUCAUUUGCUGUUCAUUGAUGUGGACUGGAUUUAUAAUUACUGUUGGAAAAGCUUACCCUAAGCUGCGCAAGCGAGCCACAAAUCUUGAGCUGAAGGAACAGAAAAAGUUUCAUGGUAAUCCAGAAGCAAUGUCUGUCCUUGAGGCAUUGCUGCUUGAUGUUUAUGCUACCCUACGUCCAGAACCAAGGGAUUAUGAGUUGCGUAAACGCUUGGUACAAGUAUUUAAUAUAAUGGUGAAGGACAUCUUUGGGAGUAGUAAUGGGUAUCCUACCAUAGAGGCAUUUGGGUCAUUCACGAUGGACCUAUUUACUAACACCAGUGAUCUCGAUCUGUCUCUUAAUUUUAGUGGUGAGAAGGCAUUCACAUUUCCUCGUGAAAGGAAGAUUUCUGUUCUGAUGAAGUUUGCUGAUGCUCUGUACUCUUUCCAAAAUAAAGGGCAUGUUUCUGGGGUCUUCCCCAUCAUGAGAGCAAGAGUGCCGGUAGUGAAAUUUGUGGACUGUGGAACAGGAAUUGAGUGUGAUAUUUCAGUUGAAAACGAGGAUGGUAUUUCAAGAUCAUCAAUUUUUGCAAUUGUUUCUUCAAUUGAUGAAAGGUUUCGUAUUUUAAGUCAUCUGAUUAAGUUUUGGGCUAAGGUUCAUGACAUCAACAGUGCGAAAAGACACACUUUGAGCUCAUUAACCAUUAUAUCCUUAGUUGCUUUCCAUUUACAGACCAGAGAUCCUCCGAUAUUACCUCCUUUUUCUACCUUGUUUAAAGAUGGAACUGACAUCGCAAAAGUGCAGAAUGUUGCCUUUGGUCUCAAAAGCUUUGGCCGAAGAAAUAAAGAAUCUGUAGCUGGACUCUUUGUUUCUUUGUUGAAUAAGCUGUCAGCUGUUGAGAGUUUAUGGCGGCAUGGCCUAUGUGUUAGUGUUUAUGAGGGGUCAUGGAUCUCGAAGGCAUGGAAACCUGGUGUUGGCAAUAUGAAUGUUGAGGACUAUCUGGAUCGAUCUGAAAAUUUCGCAAGGGUGGUGAGGAAAAAUGAGAUGCGUAAGAUUUAUACAUGCAUCCGUGGUACUAUUGAUAACUUGUCAGCAUUCAUGAAUGGUCAAUGUGACGCCUCUAUGCUAAGGAAAUGCCUUUUUGAAUCCAUUCCUUUGCAAAAGCCACUCAACCAGCUAGCCAAUGGAGAGAAGGACCUCAAGAGAAAAUAUCCUUUCCAUGGUUCAGCCGCUCCUCUGUCUGAGGAUACCUUUAUUAAAAGGAGACGAUUUGUCAAAGCUGGUGGAGAAGGGAGACAGUUUAUUGCAGCUGGUGGAGAACAUUCUGGUCUUUAUGAACCACUAAGUACUUCUUUUCCAUGUCUCCCCAUUCCUCAACAAAUGCCUGCCAAUUCUUCAAGGUAUAUUCAAGGAAGGCAUCCUCUGGAGCCUCCCGUGACCCCUUCUCAGUGGGCUUCUCAAAUAGGUUAUCAUGCAGAACAUCACAGCCAUCAUCCAUUCACUCAGUUAAGUUAUCAAUCGGCAAAUGUCUCACUACCUCUUGUUCUGAGUCUGUUACAGUAUUAUGAAUCAACAAAUAACAGACAUGAUCACCAAAUUGCAGCUGGUGGGGAACAUUCUGGUCUUUAUGAACCACUAAGUACUUCUUUUCCAUGUCUCCCCAUUCCUCAACAAAUGCCUGCCAAUUCUUCUAGGUAUAUUCAAGGAAGGCAUCCUCUGGAGCCUCCCGUGACCCCUUCUCAGUGGGCUUCUCAAAUAGGUUAUCAUGCAGAACAUCACAGCCAUCAUCCAUUCACUCAGUUAAGUUAUCAAUCGGCAAAUGUCUCACUACCUCUUGUUCUGAGUCUGUUGCAGUAUUAUGAAUCAACAAAUAACAGACAUGAUCACCAAAUUGCAGCUGGUGGAGAACAUUCUGGUCUUUAUGAACCACUAAGUACUUCUUUAGGUUAUCAUGCAGAACAUCACAGCCAUCAUCCAUUCACUCAGUUAAGUUAUCAAUCGGCAAAUGUCUCACUACCUCUUGUUCUGAGUCUGUUGCAGUAUUAUGAAUCAACAAAUAACAGACAUGAUCACCAUUUGACCCUACAUAGACCUUGGGACAAGAGGCCUACAAUUCCUUUGCCUGGAUACUGUAACCAAGACAUCAGGCAUCCCUCCUAUUGAUCUUCCUUCCUAGCUCCAUGGUUUUUCAGGCCUUGAAUUAUUUCGUUUGUAUCAAAAAUCAGCUAUCACCUUUUCUUUUCGGCAAGAAUUUUGCUUAAUUUGGGAUCAUCUUAUAUUGGCAAGGCAGUGAAGA